UAAUGUUUUAACUGAUGUUUUGAUGCUAGUUUUAAAUUGAUGAAUAUGGUUAUUUAUUGUAGUGUGUAAUGUAUUUAUUGAAUUGUAUAUUGUAUUUGUUGCUGCUGUAAGUCGCCUAGAGUGUCCAAAAAUUGGACAGAUAGGCGACUAACAAAUUAAAGUUUAUUUAUUAUUUAUUCAGGGUUGGGCUGGCAGGCCGGUCUGUUUAGGGCUUUGAAGGCCACUGCCUGCGCUUGGCAUGAGGCCUGGGAUUGCGGGGGGGGGGGCAGCACUACCUUGUGGUGCCCACCCUCCGAGGCACGGCCCAGCAGCUGCGCUUGUACUUCUGGGGGGAGGGGGGACACCCCGCAUGAGGCCUUGCAGCAUGGAAGGGGGUGUGUGUGUGUCAUGCGGGCUGAUGUGUUCUAAUCUUUUUAGUCAGUCGGCGGUUCAGUUGUUUUAAAUAUGUUUUUAAUUAACUUGUUUCUAACUUUGAUUGUCAAUUUUAAUGCUUUUUAUAAACCACGUAUUUACAUUGGAGCGACGUCCGCGCGCCGCUGCUGGAGGGCUCCACAGAGGGGGGGCAGGAACCAAGCGAGGCCCUCGCCCUCGGGGGGGGGGAGGCCAGGAGCUCUGAGCGCCAGAACUACGACUCCCGGCGUGCUCCGCGGCCGGAGGGCGGGCCUUAAAGCGACCGCGGAGCGUGACUCUGACCCUCCCCCGUCCUGCCUCCCUCCCGGGGGAGCGAAGGGAGCCCACCGACGGAGGGAGGACGCUUCCUUGGAGCGGACGGGGCCCGAGCAGCGGUGGGGGCCUCUACAACUCCUCCCCUUCCUCAGGUGCCUGGAGGACCCCUCCCCCCUCCCCCUGCUGGAGGUGCUGCACGAUGGCAGAAGAGGUGCAAACGCAGAGUGAAGCGAUGCCGGAAAAUUGCAAGACAGGCACCCCGCUGGAGUCGGCAUCUACCAGAGAUGGAACCGUCUGUGACCUCGAGCAGGAGGAGGAAGAGGAGAAGGAGCCUGGCUGUGAAAUGGAGGAAGAUGUCUACAUCUGGGAACCUGCCACGGAGACGGAGGCAGCUGUCCCAGACCUUCCCACCCAGGAAGAGAGAGGGAAGGGUGCCACCAGCAGCUCAGGCUGGGAAGGUGCUGACCCGACAGCCCGUUGCCCUCCGGAGCCACCUGGGGCCUGGCAGGGCCUGUGCACCUGGAUGUGUUGGCGCCAGCGAGUCCUAGAGCUUCUGGAAGAGGAGCAGGCAGCGGAGAGCCACUCCCGGAUUGCUCAGGUGACCUUUGAGGAUGUGGCCGUCUAUUUCUUGCCAGAGGAGUGGGCGGAGCUGACAGUGUGGCAGAAGAGCCUGUACUGGGAAGUGAUGAAGGAGAACCAUGGCCUGGUGGCCUCGCUUGCAUCUACGCACAAACACAAGCCGGAGGUCGUGUGCCGGAUAGAACGAGGAGAGGAGUCCCUUCCUUCUGAGACGCCUCCGGAGGAGAAGCCAGAAGAGACUCUCCAAGCGCCCGCCAGCCCAGCUGUUGGGGAUAAAGUGGAGUUGGAGGUCAGGGGAAUUGCAGCAGCAGAGCCGCCGGGCAGCCAGACUCAUCCGGAAGACACAAGGGGAGAAGUGCUGGGUCCCCCCAGCCCUGUGGAGGCCAAGCCCUGCAUCAAGCAUGAAGAGACGUUGGAGGCCACCCGAGAGAUGCCCACCCACAGCUGCAAGGACUGCGGCCGGAGUUUCCCUGAGCGGGAUGCCCUGAUCUCCCACGUCCUCCGCGUCCACUUCAGCGAGCGCGCCCUGCCCUGCCCGCAGUGUGGGAAGUUCUUUGGCAGCCCCAGCAGCCUGGCCGCCCACCAGAAGAGCCACCACCAGGAGCGUGUCUUCACCUGCGUCGACUGCAAGAGCAACUUCGUCUACGAAGAGCAGGAGGCAACCCGGAUCCACGCCCAGCUGGCCCUGGGGAAGCUCUUCAAGUGCUUCAGCUGCAGCUGCAAGAUUGCCGCCCUCCUCGCUGGGGACCAGAAGGCGGACAUGCUGCAGAGCCCCCCCCACUUUGGGCAGCUGGACGCCACGUACUUCAGCCGCCAGAGAGCCCUGGAGCAGGUCCGCCAGCGAGCCGCUCACUGGACUAUCUCGGAGACCAAAGCCUUUGUCGAGCUCUGGGGAGACGACCGCGUCCAGACGGCCCUUUACGACAACUACCGGAAUGAGGUGCAGUACAAGCGCCUGGCAGACAAGAUGGGGAAAAUGGGCUUCCACCGCAACCUGGAACAGUGCCGGCAACGGGCCAAAGAUCUGAGGCGUGGCUUCAAGGAGAUCAAGGACGGCAACCUGCACUCCAACCGCGCCCGGCAGACGAUGCCGUUCUUCUCCCUCCUGGACCGCUUCCUGCUGAUGAGCCGGGGGCUGGUCAUCCCCAAGGUGUGCAUCAACAGAGCCAAGCAGAAGGGCCGGAAGGACAGGAGUCGGCGGGAGGAGCCCCACGGCGAGCAGCCCUUUAUGCUCCUCCUGCCCCCUGAAAGACCUGACUCCCACGAGCUGCAUCUCCCGGACCAGGACCCUUAUGUCCAUGCACUGGCACUUCCUGACCACCAGCGGCAGCGGCGCCACUCAGGCCACUAUCGCCAGGGUGCAGGCCUGCCUGACUACCAACUGCAGCCACCUGACCAAAACCUACCUGCACAUGCGAUGGAGGUGCCCGGCUACCAGGAGGAAAGCCCACCUACCCACCCCCUGGGACUUGCUGACUUCCCGCUACGGCUGCCAGACCAAGACGCCUCUCUGGUCAUGGAAUCAUGUCGGCUGUCCAGUCACAGACAGCGCCAGGAUAUAGUCCUGACCCCCAUCAAUGGGCUUUCAGCCGCCAGCAACCUCUGGCCAGAGAUCUCCACCAUCUCCCCUUCAGAGCGCCUCACCGGUGUUGCAGCCCAGGGAAAUGCACAGAUGUGGCACCCUGGGAAGGCCCCAAGUUCGUCUGCAAAACGGAUGCGUGAUCUCCGGUUGCGCCGCAGAAGGCAGCGGGCUGCCAUGGCCCGCGUGUUGCUGGGGGCCAAUUACCGCCCAAAUGACCGGACAGUGUGGAGCAAGACACAGAAGACAGACUGGUGGGACAACCUGGUUGCUGGUCAGCCUGAUGAUGGGGAGUGGAUCCGCUACUUCCGCAUGUCCCGGGAGGCGGUGCUGGACCUGGUGGAGAAGUUGCGCCCGGUGCUGCAGCGUGAGGACACCAACAUGCGUGCCGCUAUCCCUGUGGACAAGCGCGUUGCCCUCACGCUCUGGAAGCUUGCCACCUCGGACAGCUACAGGUCUGUUGCCAACCAGUUCGGUGUGGGUGUGUCAACGGCAUCGGUCAUUGUUAUGGAAGUGUGUGAAGCCAUUCACGAUGUGCUCCUGAAGCAUGUGGUGCAGCUUGGGGACGCACAGGCUGUCAUGGAUGGCUUUGAAAGGGUUGGCUUCCCCAACUGCAUUGGGGUUGUAGACGAGACCCACAUUCCCAUCUUAUGCUCACCACACGGAGCUUCCGCAUACAUCAAUGGGAAAGGGCUGGUCUCUAUGGUCCUGCAAGCCCUGGUGGACAGCUCAGGACGGUUCAUGGACGUGUACGCAGGGUGGUCUGGUGGAAUGCAGGAUUCUGGGUUGCCAUGGGGUUCCCCUCUCUUUGAGCGAAUGGAGAAAGGUGCUUUUGGUCCUCAGACCACCACAGAGAUUGAAGGGCUCUCCAUGAGUCCUGUCCUGCUUGGGGGCCCUGCUUGCCCCUUGAGACCAUGGCUUAUGAAGCCCUACCCCAGUGCCUCCAGUGGGCCUCGGGAACACUUCAAUCUGCUCUUGAGCAAGUGCCGCGUGGCUGUGACGUACGCCUUUGAGAGGCUGAAAGGGCGCUGGCGGUGUCUUCUCAAGCGCCUGGAUGUGGCGGAGAAAAACGUCCCUCUGGUUAUCAUCGCCUGCUGCAUCCUGCACAAUAUCUGUGAGAGCAGAAACGAGGCCAUGCAGGAGGGCUGGGAGGAGGGCAUGGACUAUGCUGACCUGCCCUCUGCGGCCUCUGAGAGCCACAUGGACGGCUUCUCGGACGCGGAAGAGAUGGGCGAAGCACAUGGCAUCCGGGAGGCUUACUGUGCUUUCUUUGAGAAGAGGCGGCGGCAGGAGGAGCAGCUGUGAGUGGCGGAGAGGAGGUGCUGUGUGUGUGUGUGUUGUGUGCUAACACACCUUUUAAAAUGUUGGCGUCACUAGGAAGGGGAGGGGUGGGGACAGGAGCCCGGCAAUCUCAGGUUACAAUCCCCUUCGGUGGUGUUGUUGCUUCACAUGGGAAAAACGACCACAUCCUCACCUCAGUGAAGUACACCUUUUACCAGUUGCACUGUUUUUGACCUUUUAUAAACCUUUUAUAAAAUCUGCUUGGUUUUCAUCCUGAACCUCAAUAAACCCUCUGCUUCUUGGAAAGA